GACUGGCUGUUUCCGCUGUCAGCAGCUCCCUGCAGGAGCUAUAUAUUGAAGACAAUGUCUGGAAGCUUCUACUUUGUAAUUGUGGGCCACCAUGAUAAUCCAGUUUUUGAAAUGGAAUUUUUGCCAGCUGGGAAAGCAGAAUCCAAAGAUGAUCAUCGUCAUCUGAACCAGUUCAUAGCUCAUGCCGCUCUUGACCUCGUAGAUGAGAACAUGUGGCUGUCCAACAACAUGUACUUGAAAACUGUGGACAAGUUCAGUGAGUGGUUUGUUUCAGCGUUUGUUACUGCAGGUCAUAUGAGAUUUAUUAUGCUUCAUGACAUAAGGCAAGAAGAUGGAAUAAAGAACUUCUUUACUGAUGUCUAUGAUUUAUACAUAAAGUUUGCAAUGAAUCCAUUUUAUGAACCCAAUUCUCCUGUUCGAUCAAGCGCAUUUGACAGAAAAGUUCAGUUUCUUGGGAAGAAACACCUUUUAAGUUGAAUGUGGAAAAAUUUGGAAAUAAACAAUGUCACUACAAUGGGGUAUUCUCAGGAAUGUGUAUGUUGUAAGUAACUUGACUAAAUAGCCUGGAAAAGUU